AUGCGUCAUGACGCAGGAGGCGACGUCACACACAACUGCAGAUGAAUCAAACAGGAAGUAGUACGAGAGCCGCUGCUGAAAAUGUUUACGUUCAGUUUAACGUUCAUACGACAUGGGGAAACGCAGUACAACAGGGAAAAGCUGCUGCAAGGUCAAGGUGUGGACACACUCCUGUCAGAGACGGGUGUGCAGCAGGCUGAAGCAGCUGGACAAUACCUCAAAGACAUCACAUUUACCAAAGUGUUUGUCAGUAACCUGCAACGAGCUGUACAGACUGCUGAAAUAAUUCUGAGGAACAACACUCACUGCUCUGGCAUGGAGAUGGUUUUGGAGCCGUUACUCAGAGAGCGAGGUUUUGGUGUCGCUGAAGGGCGUCACAAAGAAGAUCUGAAGAACAUGGCGAAUGCUGCAGGCCAGUCAUGUCGUGACUACACGCCACCAGGAGGAGAGACUUUAGACCAGGUGAAGCUGCGAUUCAAAAAAUUCCUCAAAGCUCUUUUCAAGCAAAUGCUGGACGAGCACUGCUCGUCAGGAUCGGCUGCCUCUUCAGGAGCAUCAACAUCCAGAGAAGUCGCACAGGGGACCGCGGCCGCUGCCUCGGACGCCCCUCCCCAUGGCUCGGCUGAUGACGGCCUUCAGGGAGUACCUGUCCAUGCUCUGGUGGUGAGCCACGGCGCUUACAUUCGUGUAGCCAUCAGGCACCUUGUGGAGGACUUAAGUUGUUCUCUACCUGCAGGGGCGAAGAUGUCACAGGUGUUUUCGCCCUGUCCGAACACAGGUAUCAGCCGCUUUGUUCUCACUCUGACCCAGUCUGAGUCGGGGCCGGUCCUCUCCGCUGCUCGCUGUGUUUUUACCAACAGAAAGAACCACCUGGAAAACCUCCCAGAUGUUGAAUAGCACAAAAGAAAAGAAAGGGGUAGAUGUCUUAUGUUUGUGUACGUGUAUAUACACUAUGAUGGAUAAUGGAACUAUUAUGGGCACUAAACCUACCACGGGUAACUGAAGGCAAAGGUGCACAGGGUAAAUCAUGUUUUCUCAAUUACUGUGUUUUACUGUGGAUCACUGCUCAGAGUUAGUGUGCAGUUCUGUUUCAUUAUGAAACCAUUUCCGUCCAGCUGUAGGCCAGUAAGGACUCCUGUCAUAUUUUGUUUGAUAAAACUGGUCAUUUAAUUGACUCUUUUAUCGUUUUUACACCAAAGUUUGCUGUAUUUAACGUAUUACUGAUCAUUGUUUGGUGCAUGUGGCAUUUUGCCGUGUUGCAGUUGUGCUGCUGUUCAUUUUAUUGUGUGCAAUAUGUUGUGACAGCAUUGAUAUUUGAGUUUGUGUUCAACAUUUUAUACAAUGACAAGUAAAAAAAAAACAAACAAAAAAAAAACUGGUUGCACAAAUCACAGAAUGCUGUGAAAUUACAUGUAAGACAUCUGUGGAUGUAUUUUUUUAUUUUUAUUUUUUUUGGUGGGUGCUACAUAUUCAUAAGCUCUGUUUAUGUUUGGCCUCAUUUUAUCUCCAAUAAAUGACUGA